AUGUCCUCACAUCUGAAUAUGGAUGCAGAAACUAAAAAUCCCUCCAAAUUCAAUAAAAAGGACAAUGACAACAGGACAUACCUGCGCUCGCUGUUCUAUGCCUACGACUUGGACGAUUCCGGGGAAAUCGAGAGGAGAGAGUUUUUGGCCAUUUGUCAGGAGCUCUGCAUCUCCACUGCAGAAGGGGACAGAAUAUUUGAGCGCCUGGACAUAGACGGAGAUGGAAGUGUCACAUUAGAGGAGUUUCUCAGAGGGUUCGAGAAACAAGGAGACCGGGGAGAAGCAGAUCCUGAACCAGAACCUGAUUUAGCAGCAGCUGAGGACAAGAUGGACACGAUCAUUAUCAGGGGCAUGAGCGCGGAGGAGCAUGCCCGCCUGCGCACGCUGUUCCACGCAUACGACGUGGACAAGUCUGGGCGGAUCGAGAGGAGCGAGUUUGUGACCAUUUGCACGGAGCUACAGGUGUCCAAAGCCGAGGCCCAGCGGAUCUUUGAGAGCCUGGACGCGGACGGGGACGGAAGCGUGACCCUGCAGGAGUUUGUGAGCGGCUUCCAGCAGCGCUACGGGGCGGACAUGGACGAGGAGGAUCCCGGAGAUGGCUGCUCCGCCUGGGAUGGGUUCGAGAGCAGGCUCGGAGAUCAGGCCAAGUUCAUCCCCAGGAUGAACCAGGCGGCGCUGCUUUAUCAAAACCUGAGUCUGACAGAGCCACGACUCAUCCCACAGUUUGAGAAAGUCCUCGUGAACUUCACCAAAGAGAUCAGACAGGUCAACAACGAGAUGGAGAACCUGGCACUGGCCAUCAGGCGAGCGCAGGACCAGGCCACAAUGCAGCUGAGUGAGAUGGAGGAGGAGAUGGACCACCGCAUUCAUGCUGCCGAAAAGAAGGCCAGAGAACAGGAGAGUAAGCGCGCUGAGGCCACACUGAGUGAGGCGAAGCGGAGCUUUGAGACUGAAAUCUGUGAGCUGCAGUGUAAGAUCCAGAAGAUGCAGAUGGCAGAGGAAAAGUACAAGAACAUUGUGAUAAAAGAUGAAAGUCCAGGCCUCAAGAAGAAGAUCAAUGAGCUGACACUGGACAACCAGCGACUGAAGCAGGAUCUGCUUCGGUCCCAGACCAAAGUGUCCUGUCUGCGGAGUGAGAUGGACUGUCUGAAGAACGAGCUCACUGACCAGAGCAUCAACUAUGAGCGAGAUGAGGAGCUGAUGAAGCAGUUUGCAGAUGAGCGGGACAUUCUAGAGAGCCAGAUUGAGAUUCUGCAGACGGCCAACAGGAAGCUACAUGACAGUAACGACGGGCUGAGAACUGCUCUGGAGAGGGUCUCCAAGUUGAGCAGUGGAGGUUCUCCGUCCAGAAGUAUGAGGAGCAAAAGCAUCUGUUACUCCUCUCCCAACACCAUCAUCGAGAGGUUCUGCCAGCGCAUGGACGAGCACCCUCUGUACGAGCGCAGACCCAGCUGUGACUCCCUGGCCCUGGCGCUGUGUGACCCCGGCCUGAGGCGCAGGAACAGCAGCGAGUGCGAAGAGGACAGCCUGCCCGAGAACUUCCCCGACAGCGGCCUUUCCACACUGAGGGGCUCCCAGGGCGGCUGCGACUAUGAGACCGGCUCCAAGUGUCUGGAGGAGGAGGAUAUGGAGGAGGAGGUGGAGGAGAGGAGUGGACUCAACCAGACUGAGGACAGCAUCAUGGAGGAGCAGUUUGGGUCAGAGCAGACAGAGACUCUGGACGCAGAGUCGGCCAUCGGCUCCGACAGCAGCUCCGUCCUGGAGUGGAAACCUUCAGAGACAUCGAGUUUGAUCACUCCAGAGCCCAGAGUGAAGAGGGCUCUCAGCGCUAUCCACGUACAGAAGGAGGAGAUGGACAGUGCGGACCUGGGCUACAUGACGUCCGAGAAGGCCUUCAGGAUCGUGUUGGCCGGAGAUGCUGCGGUGGGAAAGUCCAGCUUCCUGCUCCGUCUCUGCAAGAACGAGUUCAAGACCCACUCUGGCGCCACGUUGGGUGUGGACUUUCAAAUGAAAACCUUAGUUGUGGAUGGAGAGCCCACAUUGCUUCAGAUAUGGGACACUGCGGGGCAGGAGAGGUUUCGGAGCAUCGCCAAAUCAUAUUUCCGCCGCGCAGAUGGAGUCCUGCUGCUGUACGACGUGAGCUGUGAGAAAAGCUUCCUCAAUGUGCGCGAAUGGGUUGACGUCAUAGAGGACAUCUCUCCAGAGGACAUCCCCAUAAUGCUUGUAGGAAACAAAUGUGACCUGAGACAGGAAGGCCUCACCUGUGUGUCCAGCAGCUACGGCGAGAAGCUCUCUAUGACGUACAACACUCUGUUCUGUGAGACAAGCGCUAAAGACGGCUCCAACGUCCUGGAGGCCGUUCUGCAUCUGGCCAGGCAGGUCCGAAAGUACCACACUAGUGUUGAAAUCACCCGACACCAGUCUCUGCCAAGUCUGGACGCUCCGGGAAAGAAGCCUCAGUUUUCCUGCUGCACCUGA